CCAAAUCCCCUCAAACCCCCAAAAAUCCCCGGAACCGCCCCAAAAAUCCCCUCAAACCCCCCCCAAACCCCCCGAGGAUGAUGAUUGGGGAGUCCCCUGGAGUGAGGAAGAGGAGGAAGGAGCUGAACCCGAGGGAGGAUGGAUCCCAAAAACCCUCAGAGAUCCUGAGGUUGUACGAGGCCAUCGGCAGGGCCGGGGUGCUGCCGCUCCGGAACGUUCCGUUCCCACGCAGGGAGCCCAGCCCUGACCCCCCCUGCGAGCUCCAGGAGCAGGGGGAGCAGGGCACAGGAAAUGGAGAUGAAGAGGAAGAGGAAAAGCCUCCUCCCCCCACAGAAUUCGAUUUUGACGACGACCCCGUGGCCCCAAACCCCUCCCUGAUCGAUCGGCGCCGCGCCCCAGGUCCCCCCAACCGAGGGCAGAAACGAGAAGCUCGUUUGGAUAAAGUUUUGUCAGACAUGAAAAGGCACAAAAAACUGGAGGAGCAAAUCCUGAGAACGGGGCAGGAUCUGUUCCCUGCAGAAAAUGAGGAAUCCCAAACUUCCAAAAGAACUCCAGGAUUUUUCCUCAGGCAGAGGAAAUAUUAAAUGGUAAAUAAUAUAAAUUAAAAUAAAAAAAUUCAUUUAAUAAAGUGGUAAAAU